AAAAAAAUAAGGUGUGGUCCAUUUGGAGACACUGAGGCAUGACACAAUGUCCCAGAAAACUUAACAAACCGGCUUCCAGCUUGGAAAAAUAAAAGCAGUAUGAAAACAAAAAGCUACAGUUAGGCUGUUAUUGUUGGUUACACCCUGUCUUCAUGCCUCCAUAAAGCACACAUACCUAUGAUGAAGACAGGACAAAAUGUUUGAGGUGGUGAGUGAUAGGAGCACUGAGGGUGUGUACUGUGGGUGGAGACAGUUUUGGGUGUCACACAUUCCCCAACAAGAACGAUCUAAAGUGUGAGCCCAGCGUUUCAAAUCUGGCACUGCCUGAGUGAGAAGCACACCUGUGAUCCGGACAGCUUUUACAAGCAACAAUAUGAGUGAAUCAGCAGAGGCUUUGGCUGCCAACCUCAAAAGCCGGAGAAAUGUCACCAUCGAGAUCACCAACCUCACCAAUAACUACUGCUUAAUGGAUGCCAAGGUUUACUUGGAGAGUGGCAACUGCCACAGCCCACCCCAACCCACCGUGCGCCCACUGAAAACAGAGGUGUGCAACUUCAGCAAGACCAGCGCCAAAGCCUGUGGUGCUGUGGGUGUCCUGACCUACGACCUGUUUGAGAGGCACAGCAACCGUGCAGCAGAGAAAUUAGCCAUAAUGUUCUCUGUGCCCUACGACUACAACAUGUACAAGAACUGGUUUGCAGUGGGAAUCUUCAACCACGACAAAGAGUGCAACGAGGCUCUGUACAAAGAGAUGUAUUACAACAAAGAGCAGCAGGGCUUUGUGCGGCAGGAGUCCAGCGGUAGUGGGAUCACAUAUGAGGGCUCCAACCUGGACAUCAAGGCUACCAUGUCCCCAAUGGGCAGGGCCAUUAUGAAGGUGGAGGUGUGGGACAAGCUCUUCAGUGCGCCGAUGCACCAGAACUACUAAGCUGGUGAUUCAUUUUUGUCAGAGUAAUCCAGUUUGACACACAAGUGUGUAGUGUUAGAUAUGUUUAACCCAUUGUACUCCUGUGCUACUGUACCAUCUGUUCAUGUAAUAAAUCCAUAAUGAGUCUGAGACGAAA